AUGUCAAAGAAACCAAUCUACCAUAGACUACAAUCAGAUUUUGCUGUUUCGCUUUGUUAUGGUGCACUUAUUGAUUUAAAUCAGUUUUUCUAUUCAAAAGAUCAUUCAUGGGAAAAUGAUCCAUGCUCAAAAUGGUCUAUUUCUUUAAAUGAUCAAUAUAGUGGUAGUGGUUCUAUCGAAUGGAUUAUAGAAGAUAAUGAAAAAAGACAAAAGAAACAGUUAUUAAUUUCUAAUAUUAAUCAUUCAAUUAUUGUUGUUUCACGUGAAGAAGGUUUUGAUAUAUAUAUUUGUCAAAAAUGUAAUAUAAAUGAAUUUGAAGCUCAAGCUACAAAUAAUAAUAAUAAUAAUAAUAAUAAUAAUAAUAAUAUUCAUCAUAGAAAUAGAUCACGUCAAAAUAGAUCAAGUGGAAACAAAGAUUUUUCAGGAAAUGUCGAACAACAACCAUUACAUCAUCGAUCACAUUCAAGACCACGUAAUGCUGUGCCAUUACAUCGUCGAUCAAAUUCAAGAACACGUGAUGGUGAGCCAUCGCACUCGACACAACAUGACUCUCGACAACAACGACGAUUUAAUUAUGAACAUUAUAAACGAAUUGGUGUCAAUGCUGGUUGUUAUUUUCCUACUAUUCAAUUUAGUAUACAUCAUGAUCCACUUCGUUUAACAAAUAAUACUAUACCAAAUAUUAAAAAUCGAAUAAAACAAAUAGUUGCAUUACUUAUUGAAUUUUUUCUUUCACAUCGAAUAACUGUUUGUUAUGGAAAUAUCGAUUCAAAUAUUGGAUCAAAACCAUAUUUAUUUUUUCAAGAAGAAAUACCUAAUUUUCCAUCACUUAUCAUGAAAUAUUCAUGGCAAAUGCUUUCUAGUGUUGGAUAUCGGUUACAAAUUCAAAUAGAUAAAGAAAAUUUUAUCGAAAAAUUACAUAAAUUAAGUAAAGAAGAACAUAAUCCUGAUGAAUUAUUUUAUCGUGUAUGUGUUUAUCUUUCAAGGAUAUUUUCAUUAAAACCAUUUGUUAACAUAAAUAAAGAAUUAGAACAUGCUAUAAUUCAAUCUCAACAAAAGCGAGAUGAUUGUGCUUAUGGUUUAAUUAGUAAAAUAGAUAUUGAAGAAAUAAAUGAAGCAUAUAUACCAUCAGUAUCAUUAACACCAACAACAAUUCGAAUAAAACCAUUAAAAUUAUGUCGAACAAAUCGAGUUCUUCGAGCUACUAAACAAUUUGGUUCAGCACUUUAUCAUUUUGUUCUUGUUGAUAUUCGGGAUGAAAAUGGUCGAAAUUUACUAUCAUUUCAUUUUCGAGAUUUACAUUCAUUAUUACUUGAUUAUUUGGAAAAUGGUUUUAUACUAAUGAAUAAUAAUCGAAAAUAUAAAUAUUUACAUCAUUCUCAAUCACAAUUACGGGAAAGACAAUUUUGGUUUUAUCAUCAUAAUGAUUAUGAUAAAGAUCUAAGAAAAAAAAAUCUAAGUUUUUCUGAAGCUUAUAAAUGGAUGGGUAAUUUCGAUAAAGAGAAAAAUCCAGCUAAAUAUGCUGCACGUAUGGCACUUUGUUUUACAACUACAAGAGCAACUGUUCAAGUGCCAAAAAAUAAUGUCGAACUAGAAGGAGACAUCGAGACCACAAUUGGUGAUAAAACUUUAAUAUUUACAGAUGGUUGUGGUAAAAUGUCAUUUAAAUUGAGAGAUGAAAUAAAAAAAUUACUUCGUAUUCGAAAUGAUUUCAGUGCUGUUCAAUUUCGUUAUGAUGGUGCUAAAGGUGUUGUCAGUAUUCAUCCAGAUAUGCCAAAAAAUAUUCAUUUAUCCAUUCGUCAUAGUAUGAAAAAAUUCAAUAGUGAUCAUGAUUAUUUUGAAGUAUGUAAACGCUCAGCACCUCGAUCAAUAUAUCUUAAUCGACAAGCUAUUCUUCUUUUAUCAUAUCGACAAAUAUCUGAUUCAUCAUUUCUUAUACUUCAACAACAAAAUCAUCUUACACUUAUUCGUUCUCUUUUACGAAAUUCUGAUGCAGAAAAAUUAAUUCUUGAAAAAGUACCAUCAUGGUUUUUACCUAAAGAUAUACAUGAUGCAAAUAUUGAUUUUAUUCAUGAACCAUUUUUUCGACAAUUACUUAUUAAUUCAUGUUUACAAUCAACAAAAGAUUUACUUCAACGAACUCGUAUUCAAAUUCCAUCAGAUAAAGGUCGAAAUAUGUUGGGAAUUGUUGAUGAAUAUAAUGUUCUCAAAUCUGAUCAAGUAUUUAUUCAAUAUACAAUAUUAGAUAGAAAUCGAAAUAAUAAUAAUAAUAAUAAUAAUAAAAAUAAAACUAGAAUUCUUGAUCAACGUAAAGUUGUUAUUACAAAAAAUCCUUGUCAUCAUCCAGGUGAUAUUCGAACAUUUACUGCUAUUAAUCAUUCAAAAUUAAAACAUUUAAAAGAUGUUGUUGUUUUUUCACAACAAGGUGAUCGUCCAGCUCCACAUGAUAUUAGUGGAUCAGAUUUAGAUGGAGAUGAAUAUUUAGUUGUUUGGCAUGAAGAUCUUGUUCCAACAAAAACUGAUAAUGCACAACCUUAUGAUUAUGAUUCACAAACACCUGCUGAUAAAUUUGAUGGACCUGUGACAAGAAGCAACAUCAAUGAUACUAUACUUAGAAUAGCUGAACAAGAUUGUUUAGGAAGAUUAUCUAAUUUACAUUUAGCUUUUGCUGAUAAAUUUGGUGUUGAUAAUGUUAAUAGGGCAGCAAAAGAUGUUUUAUCAACAAUUGAAUUAGCUGGUGCAAUUAGUCAAGAAGUUGAUAGUGGUAAAACUGGUUAUCAUCCAUUGAGUGGAAAUGAUAUUGCUAAAUUGAAUAAUGCACUAGAAAAUAAACGACCAGACUUUAUGGAUAAUCCUUCUUUAGAACGAUAUGAAUCAUUACAUAUUCUUGGAAAACUAUAUCGUGCUUCAAAGAAAACAUUACCUGGAUGGAAUCGACUUCUUCGAUAUCAUCAUCAUUUACGACAUUUACAAGUUCGAACACGAGAUGAACCUGAAAAGGAAGACAAUGAAAAAGAACUUAGAAAUAAUGAUGAAGAAGCGAAGAUUAACCUUGAUCAAUCCCUUCUGGACGGUGUCGAUCGUCAACACGCUCAAUAUCAUAAUCGUGCUGCAUUUGCUAAAACAUUAACUUCAAUUUAUCGACAAGAAAUUUUUGAAAUUCUUAAUUUAUAUGGUUUAUCACAUGAAAGUGAUUUAUGGUGUCGAAAUUCUGUUAAUGGUCUUACUGGUGAGCUUGAAGACACUGCUUAUACAGAACUUGAACAACUUGUCAAUCGUACAAGAGCUCGUUUUUUUAAUUAUCAAGCUAGUUAUUGUGACACAGGUAAAUGUGAUGAUGAUACACUAGUGUCCAAGUUAUGUAACACGUGUAGAGAAUUACAACAAGCUGUGGUUGUUGCUUGUUAUGAUACCUGUUAUACUGGAGAAUAUGCAUCAGAACAAGCACCAAUCUUAAGUUUACCAUGGUUAUUUGCUACACCUCUUUUACAAAAUCGAAUAGAUAAAGAACAACCAUCAUCAGAAGGAUUAUUAAGUAUCGCAAUGAAAAAUGCUCUUGGUAGAUUACUUUCUGUUCAACAUCGACUUCGAUUGGAUGGCUCGACUUUACAAUUUCAAACAUCUGAGAAACGUAUUGUUGGUGAAGCUAAUGUGGAUUUGACAGUUUGUGUAUUUAUUGAAAUACUUCAACAAUGUAUGGAAUCAAAAGAUUAUUCAUAUUGGCCUUGGAUAGUUAGUCAUUUUGUACGAAAUACAUCAUCAUUUGUGCUCAUGCCAGAACAAUCUACACCAACUGAUGAAUGGGAACUCAUUUUACGACCUCAUGAAAUAGAUGAGUAUGAUGAGUAUGCUGCUUUACUCUUUUUAAUGAAUUGGACAGAAAAAGAAGAUCGUAUGAUGCAUGAUUAUUUUCAAAAUAUUCUUGAUAUUUGUUUUGAUAAAGGACGACAAACAAAUGACAUAGGUUUUCUUAAUAUCAGUGAAGAUAUUAUAUUAUUAUUACAAAAAAUGGCUAUUAAUGAAACAAUUAUUUAG